AGGGGGUGGCCGCUGUGAAAGGGUUGGGGGGCUGGAGGAGGUGAGCUGAGGGAAUCGCCCCUGUAAAAGAGUCGGGGGCUGGAGGAGGAGAGCUGAGGAAAUGGCCCCAGGAAAAGAGUCGGGGGGCUGGAGCAGAUGAGUUAACGCAGGAGCAGAGGAGAGAAGUGACUCGCCCAGGUUCACAGGCCGAGAAAAGUGGCGGAGCGAGGAAAAGAAUCCAGGACCUUCCGAUUCCCAGGCCCGUGAACGCUGUAUUGCAUCUGUGAGCCCGCACCCAGCCCUGUGCCCAGGCGAGUCGACCACGCCGUGCUGAGGGCUCUCUCCGCUGGUGAGGCGGGAACCCGGCCAGCAUGAGCGAAAUCAACUGGAAGGCUUUGGACAACUUCCCCCUGCUGCUCUACAUCCUGGCAGCCAAAACGCUAAUCCUCUGCUUGGCGUUCGCGGGAGCCAAAAUAUACCAGAGCCGGAGGGUUGAAGCCCAGAGGCUUCGGGAGGCGAGCAAGAAUGCGGCCGAGAAGAAAGAUGAGUGAAGCGACCUUGAGGUGUGUGAUCUGUGGCAACUUGGGGUCCUCCAGUCCCGAGAGAGGAGAGAGAAGACGAUGGAGCCGGGGCCCUUCCUCCCCCAACAGUGUACGCUGACCUGAAGCGACGGGAGGACUUUUGGACGCUUGGAAUUCAAAGCAUCUAUUUUGCCUAUGCAAUAAAAUGUGUUUGUAAGAAA